UCCGUGCGUGCCCAUACCCACCGGCCAUCGGUCUCCACUCCACCCGUGACCCGUCCGUCCGAGCCCAACAUAAUAAUGGACUAGACCCACCUUUCCUCUCCCUCACCCGAGUCUCCACCUCUCCUCCUCGUCACCGCCGACGCCGGAAUCCCCACCCCACCCCUUCUCGCUCGCUCGCGUGUCGCCGCCGCCGUCGCCAUUCACCUUCUUCCUCAUCGCGCCCCUGCUGUGUCCACCCCUCCCGCAUCCACCCCGUCAUUGGGUUUUCAUCGGCCAAACAAACAGUGGAUCUGGAAUUCCAGGCCAGUUCGGCAGCAAUGGAUAAAACACACAAGGAGGAGGCAGUGAAAACCACAUGCCAUGAAGACACUACCAGUACUGAUGGAUCAAGCACGGAUGAAUACGAUCCAUGGAAUCCUCCGUAUCCUCCUCCAUGCCCUCCUGCUGUUGAAAAUAGCUUAAGUGACUCUAUCCGUUUAGCAGCUAAGUGGUUACGUGAGAAAGAAGCUGCAGUUGGUGCCGUCAGAGCAUCCAGUAUAAUCUUCCCAGAACGCAUCCCUAAGGAGGUGAAUCAUCUCUUCCAUGAUAAAGUGCACCAUUUGGCACCUAUCCUGGAUAAGGAUAGCGUCCGGCGCUUUCUCAGCUAUAUGGAGAGGAAUGGGCAGGGCAUGCGAUGGGGUUCGAUCAUCACCCCAGAGGCUUUGAACCAUAUGAUUUCACAAGAUGCGGUGAAAUGUGUCAAAAUUGUCUUGGAGGGCCAGGCACCUGAGCUUGAUGGGUGCCGAGCCGGUCCCAACUGCAUGAACCAGUAUGGGUACUAUCCCCUCCAUCGAGCUGCUGAAUUUUUUUCGGUUGACAUGAUUCAGUUGCUCGUCCGCCACGGCGCGUCCGCCAAUCUACGCACAGCCGGUGCUGAGGUCAUCGAGGGCCUUCUCCCACUCCAUGUUGCAGUCGAGAACACGUGUAUGCAUAAGUAUCUGGAAGACAGUCUGUUUCCUAACCACGAGCAUCGGGAUUACAGUGAGGCAGAUGCCAACUUUAUCUUCAAGCUCAUCCAUCUUCUGUGCCUACCUGAAAUGAAGAUCUUCUUGGAUACGACUCGGCUGAUUGCAAAAUACACAGAUAAUCUAUUGGAUGAGCUGUGGAAUUACAUAAAAGAGGGAAAGCUUGCCGAGACAGCCGUUUUGCUCAUGGCAGCUCAAGAGCAGAUACGCAUGGGAACUUCUCGCAAGAGAAAUGGAGAUAGUAAGCCAGAUGGGUUUGCUAAUAUCUGUGACCGUAUUUGGAACAACAAUAUUGCUUUGCAGUCUGAGAAGGGUCAACAAGUGGAGGCAAGGAUAAAGCUUAAUAAUAUGGCAUUGAUGCUUGUUCAUGUAAUUUCCAAAGCUGGUGAAGGUCUUGAUUCAUACAUUCAGAAGCAUCUAGAGGUGCCGUAUUUCAUGCAGGUGCCCCAUUUGGAGGUCAUUGAACGUGUCUCGUUGAUUCUCAAGGAUAAUGGUUUUUGUCCUACUAGUGAAUGGACAGAAAUUGGAAACCUCUGCCCCUAUGAGGAUGUGUUGUCCAGUGAGGAUAUACCUAACAAAUCUGGGGAAAGUGACACAAACAGGGAAGCUCUAGAAAUGGAUUAUCUACAGACAGUAGUGAAUAAGGCCACAAGAAAGAGAAAACCAAGACGAUGGGAGCUCAAACUCGCCAGGAGAAGCUUCUUCCCAUGGUGGAGAUCAGUGUUAUCUGCCCGGUCUAAAGUCAAGAUCAUCCCCCACAAAUGGGCACGUCCUUCUGAAUGCUUGGAUCUCGAGAUGGCUUGGAAGAAACCUACUCAAGGCUUGGAUGGUGAGACAGCUUCGAAGAAGGAAACCGUCGAGGAUGGGUCUGCUGCUGCAGGUCACGGCGUUAAGGGCCGAUUUCCCAUGGUGGUAUAUAGUAGCAAGCCCGGUGAGCUGUUUACUACAAUACCGCUUGCUGAUAUACCCAAAUACAUGAAGCAACAACAGAGAAGGCAAUCCAGAAGGCUGUUUAGUACAGCGGUUAAUUAUCAGCCCAGGAUGGUGAUUGGUACAGGAGUGAAUCCUCAACCCGGAAGAAGGCUGUUUGGUACAGCGGCAUUGAUGCUGCUCAAAGUGUUGAAGAAGGCAUGAGGAGUAGUAUAGAAAGUCUUGAAUUCCUGUGCUUGCCGCUAGGAGAAAGGAACUUUCUUUCUUGGAAGAGGAGAAAGAAAGGUGACCUCAUGUGUGCCGCUAGGAGCGCUUCUCCCGCCGACGACCUUGGUUUAUGGCAAAAUAGCUUAGCGGCUAGUGCUACCCUAACCUUGGUGUCAGGCCUGAAGACAGCUACUGUCGAUAUAUUCAGUCACUGGGAGUUUCAGAAGACUCGUCGCGAGCCGUCAAUUUCUCGCCUAUAUAACAGUUGGGCUGUGGCUGAGGAGCUGGAUAUGACGAGUUCUGUGAAUCAUUUGCCUCUGGGCUAAAACUCUAUACAAUAUCUAUAUAGGACCGAGGCGAUUCGCCAUAGCCAAACCCUAAAUUCCCCUUUCAUAUUUCUGAAUUGCUAGUAGGUCCUGACAAAUUGGUAUUAGAUGCCAGCGAUUCUCGGCGGAGGCGUAUGAGGGUGACAGAAAUUUCCCCAUAGAUUGGUGAUGCCCACCCUUUCCCCACCCUUCUUCGUUUUCGGCGGUGCUGUUAUACGGCAGCGGGGUUGAGGCGUUGGAGGCGGUGUGGUGUGGAGGCGCAUGUGGCAGUGAGAAUUAGGGCACAAAUCGGUAGAGCAGGGGCGGUUGAUCGAUACUCUGUUCGAUCGGUAAAAUUCCGCGCCCGAGUGCUGAUCCGUGUGCUUUUGGAGGCGUGGAUCGUGGCGGCGGCUGGAUCUGAGGUGAGGGAAAGGUUGUUGGUGUUCCAGGGUAAAAUUCCUCACCCGUACCUGAGAUCAAGGAGAUGGGGCGCGCGAAGACGAUCGAUGAGGCGGAUCUUCAAGAAGUUCUCUCUCUGCGAGAUGACUUUGGUGUUCUUUAGAAGGACAGUUCGCUGAUGCGAUUGGAAGUAUCCAAGUUGCAAGGAGACGUUCGGUCCAUGAGUUCCAAACAAGGUGAGAUAUCUCUCCAAGUUGGGGGAAUUGAGAAGGCAGUACUGGAUUUGGGCAAACAACUCUCUACUAUAAGUGCAGUUCUGAAAUCAAUUGCUCAGCCAAAUGCCCAGGCACCAUCAGGCCCAGAUCAGCCUAGUACUAGUCAUGUGGUACAUUCUCCCACUCUGCAACAGGAACAAAUCCUAGAUCAGCAGGCCAGAAACGAUGCUCUGAGAAAACAGUUGGAACUAGAAAGGGAGAAAACUCGACAAGCAGAAGAAUUACAUCUGCAAAAUUUACUCCCCAUCAGAGUUCAACGACCUCCUAUUCCUCCUGGGUACGAUAAUCAGCAAAGAGCUGAUAAUCUUAGUGUUGUGGGUACUCCUGUAACUGCAAGGGAGGCAGGUCACACCCCUGUUUUUAACAAGUUUUACCAGCCAAACAAGGACAGGCAACUAUGGCAAGGAUAUUUCAAAACUUAUUAACAAGACUUCCCUAGGUUUCUAGGAGGGGAGCUCCUACUCCGCGCCUUCAGCGCCAACUAACCAACUGGCGCUCGCAGCAGCGGCUUGCUAGGCCGGCCCACGAACGUGUAACGCCAGUGGACAAAAAAUCCUAAAAAAGGUUGCAGCACCAGAAUUCGAACUCACGCCUUUGCUUUCUACACCCGCUUGGCUAACCAGUAGAACUACCUAGCACUUGUGGUCGGUACUGCCUCGACACUGAUGUGGAGGGGCUUGUUUUAUCCCAUUCCUUCUAUAUAGUAAACUACGCACACUCGUGCGUACUUGAGAAAAAAAUAUUUAAGGACACGGCUGCGUGGUUCCAAAAAACGAAAGUUCACAUAUUAAUAAAAAGUUUGUGAAUUUUUUCAAAAUAGAAAAGGCUCACGUAUUAAAAAAAAUCACAAAUAAUGAAAAUUGUUCACGAAAU